AUGAGUUCGAUAGGAACAGGCUAUGAUCUUUCUGCAUCUCAAUUCUCACCUGAUGGCCGAGUAUUUCAAGUGGAAUAUGCAGCAAAAGCUGUUGAAAACUCUGGAACAGUCAUCGGACUAAGAGGGAAGGAUGGAGUUGUUUUUGCUGUUGAGAAACUUAUAACUUCAAAACUUUACGAACCCGGUGCUAACAAGAGAAUCUUCCACGUUGAUGAACAUGUUGGCAUGGCUGUAGCUGGAUUAAUCUCAGAUGCAAGGCAAAUAGUAGAGACAGCAAGAUCAGAGGCUUCCAACUACAGAUCACAAUAUGGUGUCCCAGUUCCCUUGAAGUAUUUAAAUGAGAGAGUAUCUAUGUACAUGCAUGCAUAUACACUAUACAGUGCAGUCCGUCCAUAUGGAUGUGCAGUUAUAAUGGGAACUUGGUCAGAGUAUGAUGGACCCCAAAUGUACAUGCUUGAACCUAGUGGAGUUUCUUUUUCAUACUUUGGAUGUGCAGUUGGAAAGGCAAAGCAAGCUGCUAAGACAGAAAUUGAAAAACUCAAGCUUGCUGACAUGACUGUUAAGAACUUAAUUAAAGAAGCUGCCAGAAUUAUCUAUGUCGUCCACGAUGAGCUCAAAGAUAAGCAAUUUGAAUUGGAACUGUCGUGGGUGUCGAAGGACACGAAUGGUCGACACCAGCUCGUGCCCAAGGAAGUAGCAGUGGAAGCAGAAACCUUCGCGAAACAAGCCCUCGCUGAUAUCGAAGAUUCUGAUGAUGGGGAAAUG